AUGGGGCAAGGCUAUUCUCUCACGACCCUAUCAGCAGGGUCGGCGGGGAUCGAUGUGCCCGAGCUGUCCGAUCUCGUCUAUGAGAAAUCUCUGGGAUCGGCGAGGUUUAUGAAAAGUAUUCGGGCAAGGCAGCAAAAUGGUCUAGCCGUCGUAAAGGUUAUUAUGAAACCUUAUCCCAGCAUGAAGUUGGACCCAUAUGUCAAGGCUAUAAUUCGUCCGUCUGCAUCUGUCCUCUGUGAACGAGAGCUCCUUGCUAGAGUGCCCAACGCCCUGGCAUACCAGCGGAUACUGGAAACUAGUACCAGUGGCUACUUGGUUCGUCAGUACAUCUAUAGCUCUCUGUACGAUCGGAUGAGAUGUCUUCCAUGGAGACAUCAAAACCGAAAUGUCCUGGUCACGUCUUGGAACUGGCUUUAUCUCACCGAUUUUUCUUCCUCGUUUAAGCCGACCUUUCUGCCGGAAGAUAACCCAGCAGACUUUUCCUUCUAUUUUGAUACCUCAGGCCGACGGACCUGCUACCUGGCUCCAGAAAGAUUCCUAGUCGACGGCGAGGAUCCAGGGAACAGGCGCAUCAACUGGGCAAUGGAUAUAUUCAGUGCCGGCUGUGUUAUUGCCGAGCUUUUCUUGGAGUCACCGAUCUUCACGCUCAGUCAGCUCUACAAGUACCGAAAAGGGGAGUACAGUCCAGAGCAUAGUCAUCUCGAGAAGAUCGAAGAUCAAAACAUCAGGGAACUGGUACUUCACAUGAUCCAGAUUGAUCCGGAGAAGAGAUAUUCUGCAGAGGAAUACCUCAACUUUUGGAGGCAUAAGGCGUUCCCCGAAUACUUCUACAGCUUCCUUCACCAGUACAUGUCCCUCAUCACUGAGCCUGCCUCAGGAAGAGCGCAUGUCGAUGCUGAGACCGGAAAUAUGGGCGAAUCUGAUGACCGAAUUGAGCGGAUAUACCUGGACUUCGAUAAGAUAUCCUACUUCCUGGGCUCAACGUCCAGAGACUCGAAAGACGGCUCAAAGUUGACAACACCUCGACUGACCACUGAGGCACUUCCGGUUCAUCUCGACAUUCCGAAUUAUCAGCACGAGACAUCGAAUUUGGAACCGCAAGAUGGGGCCCUCAUCUUCCUUACGGUCAUUGUUGCCAAUGUGCGGAAUACCGCCAAAGCAUCCGCCCGAGUCAAAGCAUGUGAUCUUCUUCUUGCAUUCGCUGAGAGGGUUACGGAUGAAGCAAAAUUGGAUCGUAUACUUCCAUAUGUUAUGAUUUUGCUCAAUGACCGAUCGGACAUUGUGAAGGUUGCUGCGAUCCGCACUUUGGCACAGCUUCUGUCGAUGAUCCAAGUGGUUUCUCCAGUCAACGCCUAUCUGUUCCAAGAAUAUAUCUUUCCAAGACUUCAACCGUUCAUUCCGAGCUCGACCUCGAACCCAAGUUCAAUGGUUCGCGCUGCGUAUGCGUCGUCUAUCGCUUCAUUGGCUCAGUCGUCUCUCAAGUUUCUUAACGUGAUUCAAGCUCUGCGAACGGAUACACGUCUUCCAUCCCUCAUUCCAGCAGGUUCAGAGGCCAACUGGACCGAAGAUGCGACGUACCACAAUCUCUACGACGUUGCAAGGGUAGAUCUUCUGGACUACUUUGAACACCACACCAAGGCCCUUCUAACUGACAGUGAUCCCUCCGUCCGCCGGGCUUUCCUUGGGUCUGUCCCGAGUCUCUGUGUAUUUUUCGGCAAUCAGAAGACAAACGAGGUGAUUCUGAGUCAUCUCAACACCUAUCUCAAUGAUAAAGAUUGGAUUCUCAAAUGUGCCUUCUUUGAGGCUGUGGUUGGUGUUGCGGUCUGCGUGGGAAGUACAAGUCUAGAGGAGUUUAUUCUGCCUCUGAUGGUCCAAUCAAUGACUGAUUCGGAAGAGUUUGUGGUAGAGAGAGUUCUUCGCUCUCUUGCAGCGAUGGCGGACCAGGGUCUCUUCCAACGAUCGACAACAUGGGAACUCCUUCACAUCGUUGUGCGAUUUUUCGUUCACCCAAGUUUGUGGAUCCGUGAAGCGGCUGUGUUCUUCGUCGUCACGUCAGCGAAGUUUCUGUCGUUUGCGGACAAGCAUUCGAUUCUUACUCCCCUUAUUCGACCGUUCCUCAAAACCAGCAUCACUUCGAUUUCGGAAGGCGAGAUCCUCGAUGCACUGAAACGGCCAUUGCCGAAAAACAUAUACGAUAUGGCAUUAGUAUGGGCAUCGAAGGCCGAAAAGGGAAUCUUCUGGAAGUCUGCAAGUCGAGAUGCUGCGUUCAGUCUCAGUGGUUCUGAGUGGCAUAUUGGUAGGGGUUCUUCUAGAAGUACGAGCACUUCUCUUGCCGGAUUGCCCAAAAAUGAGGAAGACGAGCAGUGGCUUUCACGACUAAGGAAUUUAGGCAUGACCCCUGACGAUGAAUUCAAGCUGUUAGCUCUCAGGGAAUAUAUCUGGAGGGUUGCAAUGCGGUUGAGCAAGAAUGCCGACCAGGGAACGUCGACACCGCUCAAUAACAUGAUCACGUUGACACAGUAUGGAGUGACGCCACAAACUGUGUUCUUUGAUAAGAACCAGACUGUUAAGCAGCGAAGGGCCUCAUCGGGCGAUAUCAAUGCCACUGAUCAAGGUGAACGAAGACCGCAUACAAUUGCAGACGCGUUGCUUGACGCUUCCACCACAAUUGAUACCCCGGCAGUUGCCCGCCGUAAACAUCUGCGGUCGAGGAGUCAAAAACAGAGAGAUAAUGGUUCUGGGCUGCAGGUGCCAAUGCCGAAUGCCUUGGAGGCCAUCAAGACGGACUCACAGACACCAUCAUCAAUGUCAUCUUCUCCAACGGCUCAGCCCGUGUCUCAAAAUUCUUCAGCGCCAAGCUCAGACGUGGAGCGAAGGUCCUCACUCAGAAUGCAGGGUGCCGAUAAGAAUUCUGAUCGUGGCAGCCUACUCACCCCAACUGAUGCUGAAAGUACGGGUUCAGUCGGUGGUGUCCAGCGGAAGUCUAGCGCGAUCGGCCUCUUAAACCGCAAAGAUACGGCUAAGGCCUAUGCAGAAACAGGCAUGACCUCCGCCAAUGCCUUUGGUAAGGUCGACCUUCCAUCCCAACGAGAAGCCCCGUCACAAUCCCCUCUGUCAAUGGCUAGAGAGAGACCAGCCCAACAGGCAGUGCAGCAGCAAUACCACGCAGGCCAUUCGUACAGCAGCAAUGAUCCGAUGAUUUUGAAGCUUCUGGACUCCGUCUUUGCGGAGAAUUAUCCUACCGAUCUCUUCGAUCUGGGCCCCUAUGUCAAGGAAAUUGACUCCCGCCGGCCAAUCAAGAAAGCCAGUGGAGAAGACGGGGAUAAACCCUGGAGACCAGAAGGAGUCCUGGUUGCGAUGUUUGGGGAGCAUACAGGGCCCGUGAACCGGGUGGUGGUCGCUCCUGACCAUGCCUUCUUCGUCACGGCGUCAGACGAUGGCACCGUUAAAGUGUGGGAUACCGCACGCCUGGAGAAAAACCUGACCCCGAGGUCCCGACAGACACAUCGUCACGCCGCAGGAUCGAAGGUCAAAUGCCUGACAUUCGUCGAGAACACCUACACCUUUGUCAGCGGGGCCACUGAUGGAAGUAUUCACGCUGUCAAGGUUGACUAUCACAAUGUCAAUGAAACGGUGCGAUACGGUAAGCCUCAGCUUGUUCGGCAAUACCAGUUGCCGGAGGCGGACGACGGCUCUGUAGAAUAUGCUACGUGGAUGGAACAUUUCCGCUCGGAGGCCCAGUCGACCCUCCUUAUUGCUACCAACACCUGCCGUAUUCUGGCGCUCGAUAUGAAGACUAUGCUUCCUGUCUAUUCGCUUCAGAACCCCGUACACCACGGGACCCCGACGGCAUUCUGUUACGACCGAAAACAUAACUGGCUCUUGGUGGGGACUUCACACGGGAUUCUCGACCUCUGGGACCUCCGCUUCCGAGUCAGAUUAAAAGCUUGGGGACUUCCCGGAGGCACCGCCAUCCACCGACUUCAAGUGCAUCCUACGAAAGGGCGCGGCCGCUGGGUCUGCGUAGCCGGUGGCAGCGGACACGGGAGUGAAAUCACCGUGUGGGAUGUGGAAAAAGUUCAAUGCCGUGAAGUGUAUCGGGCUGCUUCGCCUUCCGUCAUCGCCGCCAAUACGCCUGCUCCUAACGGGGGCCCUCACAGCCACAGAAGCCCGAUUGUGAACAAUUUGGCUGCGAUGAAUACGGUGUCGAAGAGUUAUGAGCCAUGGCGUGUGGACGAGGAUCGUCCUGAGGGGAUGUUGAGCCGGUUUGCGAGUGCGUCGUCAGCGGGCAUCGAACCCAACACGACUGCGGCGACGAGUCCGGCGGGCGCCGGGGACCGCAAUGGGAUCUGCACCUUGACAGUUGGAUUCGACAUGCCCGAGGACGGGAAGGACAGCACGAAGUGCGGGUUUGCGAUCUCCGCGGGUUCGGAUCGCAAAAUCCGCUUCUGGGAUCUUGCGCGACCGGAGCUGUCGACGAUUGUCAGCGGUCUGGAAACUGGGCCAGACGGCACUGUUGCAGCGAAACCUCGCUACGAAACCGUCCAGCCAACCCCGAACCUGGUCGUGACAACGGAGCACAUGCCCAAUGUGGCGGUAGCAAGUGGCCGAACGGGCGGCGGCCGCAAGGGCACGAGCGGAAGCGGAGGCCGUCUACCACGAAGCACAGUGAUCAGUCUUCAGCAGCAGCAGUUGCUGAAGAGCCAUCUGGACUCUAUCCUGGACGUGGCCGUUCUUCGGGUACCAUACGGGAUGACCGUGAGUGUAGAUCGGUCCGGGAUGGUCUACGUGUUCCAGUAG